CAGAGACAACCUUACAAACAAACCAACAACAAUUACCUUAAAGGUUCAAUAAAUAAUAUUGAUCAGCAAACAGAAGUACACAAUUACAAUGAGGCUGCAAAUUUUCGACAAAGAGCCUCGGACAACAGAUAGGAUACUUAAUUAAUGAAAACAAUAAGUCACCGCUACCAUAUAUCAUGGUUUUGUUACCCACAGUCACUUUCGAUAAUACUAUGUUCACAUAUAAGCAGGUUAGCCAGGUUAGCUAGGUUAACUUGGUUAUCUUGUAACCUACCCAUAAAAUGAGAGGUUAGCCAUAUAAUUUGUAUGAAAAGAUAACCUCGGUCUGCUCUAUAACCUACGCGGUUAUUUUAUAACCUACUAAAAUAUGCAUUGUUGCAUUGGAAAGCAGUCGAAAUGUACUCGAAAUUGCGACACUUCAGUAUCUAUUGUGAAUAUUUUUGUUUAAAUUUGACAGCAACUGACAAAAAAUUCGCAGGAAUUUAAAAAAUGGAUCAAAUAAAUCGGUAAGCAUAAAUUUGAAUUUAUAUAUUUUUAUUUUUUAUGCAUACAAAUAUACUUAUAUAUAAUAAUUUUAUUAAAUUGUAAUUAGGAAAAGGAAAAACCGUGUUAGAUGGACAGCGGAUGCAGAGAAAUUGCUGCUAUUACACUGGGCAGAUAGUAUAGAAGAAUUACGAAGCGCGAAAAAAAAUUUUCAUAUCUUUGCGCGUUUGGAAAACGAAUUUUCAAAAAGGCAGAUGAACUACAGUGCAGCUGAAAUAAAGGAAAAAGUACAUAAUUUUACCAAUCGAUACAAAUUAGAAAAGAAUGCGGUGGGUAUGACAGGUGGUUCGCCUUCCUCUUGGAUCCACUACAAGGAGGUGGAAGAAAUACUGAGUGGUAAUAAGGCAGUAAAUUUCAAAGAACUCAUGCAAGAGAGUAUAGAUGUGGAACCAGAAGACAACAUUGGUUGCGCUGCUAUCUACCCUUCGACGAGCAGCCAAUCUCAAUUCAUUUCAAGCGAUGAGCUUGCAGGACUUUCGACGACUCCGGAGUCUGCAAAAAGAAGGAAAUUAACCCAUGAGCGUUUAAUAGAAAAUUUGGAAAAAACUUCAGAUAUGUUUGAGAAAGAAAUGGAGUCCAUGAGAGGGGUGCAAGAAAGAAUGGUGGAACUAACCGAAAAAGCAGUUCUUUCGGAAGAGAAAAGGAAUGAUAUUUUAAAAGAAAUGAGUGAAAAUACGAAAAGUUUUUAUAAAGACCUUAUUAAUUUGUUAAAUAAAAAAUAAAAAUAAUUACAAAUGUAGAACAAACUUACAAAAUGA